AUGGAGCUGCACUCGCGCGUCACAAGAUUUGUCUUCAUCUGCAACUACAUCAGCAGAAUCAUCGAGCCGCUGGCCUCCCGAUGUGCCAAGUUCCGGUUCCGACCGCUGGUGGGGCAGGUGAUGACUGACAGGCUCAGACACAUUGCAGACUGCGAGCAUAUCAUGCUCUCCGACGAGGCCUUUGAAGAGCUUAGCCAAGUGUCGGAGGGCGAUCUGAGGCGAGCCAUCACAACGCUGCAGAGCGCUGCCAGGCUGUGCGGCUCAUCCAUCUCAGCGCAACACAAAAUCGAGAGUUCUGCCAGGCUAUAUGGCUCAUCCAUCUCAGCACAACACAUCAUCGAAGUGUCAGGGGUGGUACCUGCCUCAGUUGUCACCUCCAUCCUCGCGGCCUGCAGGGGAGGUGCCUUCGAAGCUGUUCAGUCUGCCGUCACUGCUGCUGUUGCUGACGGCUACCCUGCUGCGCAAAUACUCUCCCAGCUAUUUGAUGCAGCCACGGCAGCAGACGACCUCACAGACGAGCAGAAGGCGCGCAUCUGUGCCACCAUUGCUGCCGCUGACAAGGUGCUUCAUUUGCAAAAGGCGCACAUUCGUGCCACCAUUGUUGCCGCUGACAAGGAGGCGUGCAUGUGUGCCACCAUUGCCACUGCUGACAAGUUCUGUCCCCCUGGGGUAUUGUACACCCUAUAA